AUGGCGCUGCUGGACCUGGCCCAGGAAGGGAUGGCCUUGUUCGGCUUCGUGCUCUUCGUGGUGCUGUGGCUGAUGCAUUUCAUGUCCAUCAUCUACACCCGAUUACACCUCAACAAGAAGGCAACAGACAAACAACCCUACAGCAAGCUCCCUGGUGUCUCUCUCCUGAAACCCCUGAAGGGGGUGGACCCCAACCUGAUCAACAACUUGGAGACAUUCUUUGAACUGGAUUAUCCCAAAUAUGAAAUACUCCUUUGUGUACAAGAUCAUGAUGAUCCAGCCAUAGAUGUGUGUAAGAAGCUGCUUGGAAAAUACCCAAAUGUUGAUGCUAGAUUAUUUAUAGGUGGCAAAAAGGUUGGCAUUAACCCUAAAAUUAAUAAUUUGAUGCCAGGAUAUGAAGUUGCAAAAUAUGAUCUCAUAUGGAUUUGUGAUAGUGGAAUAAGAGUCAUUCCAGACACAUUAACUGACAUGGUCAAUCAGAUGACAGAAAAAGUGGGCUUGGUUCAUGGGCUGCCUUAUGUUGCAGACAGACAGGGCUUUGCUGCCACGCUAGAGCAGGUAUAUUUUGGCACUUCACACCCAAGAUCCUAUAUUUCUGCCAAUGUAACUGGCUUCAAAUGUGUGACAGGAAUGUCUUGUUUAAUGAGGAAGGAUGUGCUAGAUCAGGCAGGAGGGCUGAUAGCAUUUGCUCAGUACAUGGCUGAAGAUUACUUUAUGGCAAAAGCAAUAGCUGACCGAGGUUGGAGAUUUGCAAUGUCUACGCAAGUUGCCAUGCAAAACUCUGGUUCGUACUCGAUUUCUCAGUUUCAAUCCAGAAUGAUCAGGUGGACCAAAUUGAGAAUUAAUAUGCUUCCUGCUACAAUAAUCUGUGAGCCAAUUUCAGAAUGCUUUGUUGCCAGUUUAAUCAUUGGGUGGGCAGCCCACCAUGUGUUCAGAUGGGACAUCAUGGUUUUUUUCAUGUGUCACUGCCUGGCAUGGUUUAUAUCUGACUACAUUCAACUCAGGGGUGUCCAGGGUGGCACACUGUGUUUUUCAAAACUUGAUUAUGCUGUGGCUUGGUUCAUCCGCGAAUCCAUGACGAUAUACAUUUUCUUGUCGGCACUGUGGGACCCUACGAUAAGCUGGAGAACUGGCCGCUACCGGCUGCGCUGUGGGGGGACAGCAGAGGAGAUCCUCGAUGUGUGACGAGAGCUGUGUGGCUGCGCGGGACAGACAGAAGGAUUACAAAUUAUGUUUAUAGAAGUGCUUUCAAGGAUCUACCUUCAGUAGUUUUGUCACAUGGUAUCUGCUCUUUAAUUUAUUCGCAUGGCACUUGCAUCUGUGAAAGGAAAACAAAACAAAACACAUCUGUAGUCUUGGCCAAAUAGAGUAUUUUGUGGAAGUAGAAAAUCAGGACAAUUGGUUCUAGGAAACUGGGUUUGUUUUUGUUGUUGUUGUUGUUGUUUAUUUUUUUAAACAAAUAAAUAUAUAUAUCUAUAUAUAUAUAUAUAUCUACACACAAAAUGACUGCUCUGCAGCAGACACCAUGACAGUACCCUUCAGUAGGGAAAGUUUCUUAUGUGAGUGUACUCAUUCUGAGGUCUGUGUGGGCAGGACAACGGCAGCUCUGUGAGAGAAGGGGGCAGGCUGCGGCCUCCCCUGUGUGAACUGAAUGAUGUUGUGCAGGGAGGAGCCAACUGAGAAACUUUUUCAUGCUUUAUGCCUACCUCUUGUAGUUGUUGCAGAGCAAAUAGAAGUUAGAAGUUGUAAUACGGUAGCUAGGCCUUGCAAAAACAAAUGGAAAACUUUAAAAUAAUAAUAAUAAUAAUAAUAAAAGAGCUGGAGUCUAGUAUUUAUAAGAAUCUGUGAGAAUUUUUUUUUUUUUUUUUUUUUUGUCUCAUUGCAAUGAACCAAAAGUGGCUGAGAUUGGUUUUUAAUUGUAACCAUGAAUUGAAGGCAUCUUUUGGACCAACUGUUGUUGGUUCUGUCUUGAAACAUGUUAAUCACUGUGCUGUAAUUACGAGAGCUGAAUCUUUCCUUCCCUGCUCCUCACCCAGCCUACCCCAUCUUUCCUUAGCUUUUUUUUAGGGGUGGGAGUGGGGUGUGAUCUUGUUUUAGUGUGAGUGGAUGUUUUAAUAGCUGUAAGGAAAAAUGCAUUUCAGACACAGUUCACACAGGAGCUAUUUUCUUACUCAAUAUGUCUGUAUUGUUAAUAAGAAUGUAAUUUCAUGAUACAGGUAUUUAAUAUCUUUUUUAAGUAAGUAAAUAUUCUAGCUAUCAGUAAAUUGCAGUAGAGAAUUAACAGGACGUAGUGAGGUUUGCUCUUAAAAUCAAUCAGUAUCAAACUAAGUCUGCUGUGUGUGUUGUUUGUUUUUGUUUAUCUUUUUUUUACUAUAAUAGUCUAGUUUUAUUUAAAUUGAAUUUUUGUAUUCAGUUUGUAUGACAAUAGACUAGGUCAGCCUAGUUGUAAAUGCAUGCUUUACUUUACUCUUCUCUCUCCAUCACGCAACUAAACUUGCUUGUCAGCCUGUGCUUAACUUGUGGUGAACUGGACUUUUGUUUAAAAUAAGCAAAAGUGUACGGGACGGUGCAUCAGCCUUUCCCCUGUCUUUUUCACGUGGCAUUUGCUUUUCCUUCAGAAUCUGGUCGCAUGUUGACCCUCAGAUGCCUGCUGUUAACACCAGCACCGUGGCAGCUUCACACCCCGUGUUACGUGGCUUCCGUGUGGGUGCAUAGCGUGUAGCCUAUUAGCAAUAACUUCCUGUUUAUAGAGAACAUUUUCAUCUUACUGAGCCAAUCCAUUUGCCUAAUGACUAUACACACAGUCUAAACUGCAAUAUACAUGUGAGUGUAUAUACUAUAAAUACACAGGGCACAUUUUUCUGGGCCAAACUUUGUUAUCCUUCCCUCUCUCUCCUCCCUUCCCCCCUCUCUCUCCUGCCUUAUGAUGAAUUUGUUUGAAGGGCAUUUUCUUCAUGAGCAAAGGCUUGGAUGCAUAUUCCUUUUUUUUUUUCCUCUCUCUGUGAAAUGGGUAAUAUUGUCCCCUGAGGAAAGUUGCACAGUGAAAACCAGUCUAGUUAUGAUCCACUGAGUAUUUGUUUGUUUGUUUUUUAAUCUGUCUUCCAUGAGUUGAGUUUUGCUGAGCAUGUUUGUUAUUUGUUAGUUUGUUUGGUGGAGUUUGGUGGAUGUCAUUCUUUGCACUGCUGAAGUGAAAUCUUGCUGACUAGUUAGCUUUUUUGUUGAUCUCAGUAUGGGCAAAGAAACAAAAUCCAAAUGUCUGGACAGAUUUCUUGUGUUCUGUAAAUAUAUUUUUUAAUGUUCUGUAUGUGUGUUUUAUGUGGUCAUGGAGUAUUUCCUUAGAGCGAAGCUUCAAGUACACAGAGAGUAACUCUUUGUCUAGCAAGUUUGGAGUGAAGAUAAAAUAGUAAGAAAUACUGUAAAUAUCAAAGCAUCACAGCAGAACUGUAGGAUCCCAAAUUUAUAAUAAACUGUCUUUUUAAAAAAACCAAUUAUGUGUCUAGAAUAUAUCAUGUUUUAUUAUUUAAAAUCAUUAUCUUAAGUUUUUUGUUCAAAAAAUAAAAAUUUGAAUACGAUCAA